AUGUCAGAUUCAAACGAACCAAACGAUGUAGACGGAACCAGCUCAUUUGAAGCUGGAACCGAACCUUCCAUAGAAUGGUGCCUUGAAAAUGGAUAUAAAAUACCAAAAUGGCUCCUAAAAUGUAAUAUAAAAUGCCCAUAUGUAAAAGGUAGAAUAUUUAAUGGUAAAUAUGGACCAAUCAACUACUCAGUAGUAGGAGAUCCAUCAGCAAGUUUGGUUUUAACAUUCCAUGGAUAUAACGCUACACAUACGACAUUCUCAAUAUAUCAAAGCGUUCUGUCGAAAAAUGGAUUCAGAGUAAUAUCGUUUGAUCUCUACGGUCAUGGAUUAAGCGGUUAUCCUAAAUAUAAAGUGUUUGGGAACACCUUUUCCUCGAAAUAUUAUGUAGACCAAGCCGACGAAGUUAUCGAUCAUUUGGGAUAUACUGGUAGAAAAUUAUCAGUUAUCGGAAUGUCUAUGGGAGCAUGCAUAGCAGCCUCGUACUGUGAAACCCACCCCGAUCUAGUAGAGAAGAUUAUUUUAAUUUCUCCAGCUGGGUUAAUACCCAAAAAACCAAUGAGAGUCGUUUUUCUAAAAUAUAUUCAAUGCUGCAUACCCUGUACGCCUCUUUGUGUUUCAAAGUGUUGCUUUUCGGGACGAGUUACAACUCCAAAGUCUAAAUCGAAUAGAGAGUCCCCAGAAAGUUCACAGGAAUCCUUAGAAACAGGUGAGUGUGUUUCAGUCGACGAAGUUUCUGGAGAAAGUACAGAAUUAAACCCUAUGUUAAACCGAAUGCUCUGGACACUUUUCGUCACCAGAAGGGCAAUUUCAAAUCUGCUGGGAAUAGUCAAUAGAAUGCCCCUGUGGAGUAGCCGCGAACUCUACAGAAGAGUGGGAGGAAUGGGAAAGUUAACUCUGAUUUUGUUUGGAGAUUCUGAUACUUUAACACCACCAGAAUGUGCAGACGAACUUUCCAGAUUAUUUACCAACUCUCAUACCAUAAUCUUUUCAAAUUCAGACCAUCUUCUAUCCUUCAAGAAGCCUCUCCAAGUAGUAAGCACAUGCCUAUCAUUUUUGGGGAUUCCAAACCAAGAAAAUGCACAAAAUUAUACAAGAUGGCUGCCAUUUGAUUGUAAUGGUGUUUAUAUCCCAAAAUCUAGACGAGAACUGGGUCAUUCCGACGAAACGGAGCUUACACAUAACGUUUCUGCUCCCUCAUUAGGAUCUUUAACCAACCAUGCCCUCCCAGAUGAGCCUCCUAAAUCUUCUACCACAAGCCCUUUUAAGAUCUUUAGAGAUUAUUUGCCCCCUGAUCGCACCAUCAAACAGCUAUCACUCACGGAAGAGUACCCUAGAAAGAAAGUUCCACUUGUAGUGGUCAAACAAUUUGAAAAUUCAUAA